AUGGCAUCCAUACCUGUCGUCAACUUAUUCAUCGAUGGCGAAUGGCGCCCCGCGAGCAAUCAAGACACCUUCGAGGUUCGUAAUCCGCUGUCGAACGAAGUCGUGAGCAUCGCCGCAUCGGCCACCCUGGACGAUAGUACCGCUGCCGUAGAAGCCGCAGGCCGGGCAUUCAAGACAUGGGAGCACAGUCCCCUUCCUCAGAGGCGGUCUGUAUUCCUCAAGGCCGCUGAGCUUAUCGGAUCGGAGAAAUACAAGGCCAAGAUCGUCGAGACCAUCAGGGCGGAAACCGCGGCGACGCAGACCUGGGCAGCCUUCGAUAGUGCCUACGCAAGAGGCUCGUUGGAGCAUUAUGCCAGCCUGGUGGCGGAUCUCAAAGGCGAGACAUUCCCGUCUAUUGUACCCGGGGGACAUGUCAUAGCGCAACGACGAGCUAUGGGUGUGAUAUACGCUAUAUCGCCAUGGAAUGCCCCGAUCAUCCUGACUAUCCGAGCAAUAGCCAUCCCUAUCAUCUGCGGGAACACGGUUGUCCUCAAGUCCUCUGAAUACUCCCCGAGGACUCAAGCGAUCGUGGUGGAGGCAUUGCAUGAGGCGAGUCUUCCUAAAGGUGUCUUGAACUAUAUUUGCACUGGGCGAGAGAAUUCACCCAUCCUAACCCCGGCCAUCAUUGCGCACCCCUUCGUGAAGAAGAUCAAUUUCACAGGGAGUGAUCGUGUGGGUAAACUGAUCGCUGCGGAAGCCGCCAAGUAUCUGAAGCCAUGUGUCUUCGAGCUCGGUGGCAAAGCACCCGCCGUCGUUCUCGAAGACGCAGACCUGGACGAAGCAGCUCGUUCGCUCGUCUACGGUUCCAUGCUUCACUCCGGACAGAUCUGCAUGUCCACCGAGCGUGUGAUCUGCCAGAAAAGUAUCUCCAAGCCAUUGCUGGACGCCAUCUCUUCCCUCGCGGAGAGGCUGAAAGCAGGCGAUCACGACAAAGAUCCGGCUAACGUCCAGCUCUCUGCACUAUUCAACAGCGGGAGCGCGGAGAACGUCGUGAACAUGAUCAAGGAAGCCCAGGAGGGCGGGGCCGAGGUGGUGCUUGGUAAGGUGGACAGGGAGGGAGCGGUGGUUCAGCCCCACAUUGUCAGAGGCGUGAAACCGGGCAUGCGUUUGUGGGAUCGCGAGUCGUUCGGGCCUGUAAUGGUGUUCGCCGAAGCUGAGACGGUCGACGAGCUCGUAGAGCUCGCGAAUGCCUCAGAAUACUCCAUGGUAUCGUCACUGUGGACGAAGGACGUCAACCAGGCGCUCGACGUAGCCGGCCGCAUCCGUUCUGGGUGCUGCAAUGUCAAUGGCCCCACGUUCCACUCCGAGAUGAUGCGCGGACACGGAGGACUUGGUGGUGCCACUGGAUAUGGGCACUUCGCCAUCGACGAUUUCACAGACAUCCGCAUGGUCGUCGUCCACCCACCUCAUAGGCAAUACCCGCUCGUCGGUUAA